CAAUCCGAUAGGUGUCGCGGGGCAAUACGUUCCUCACCGGCUCACUGCUCCUCGACCGGCAGCCCCUCCCCUUUCUCAGUCAUAAUGUUAUAAACAAAUAACAACAUCACAUCGUACGGGAAUCGUAUUCGACCGGCGGCAGCAGACAGCAGUGAGCAUUCCCAUUUCCCGCAGUCCCGUUGUUGCACUCUCCGUGUAUGCGCGUGUCCAUCGUGUGUGCGUCUUGUUGUCUACUGUUUUUACGUAUAUCGUCUUCUCCACGUCCCGAAAAAGCUUGUCGUCGUCGUAUAAAUAAAUAAUACCCCAACGCAAUCGAUUGAUUCUCAGUCAUGAACGGAUUCAAUAACCAUGAAAUCAACGAAGGAGGUCUUAAGCAUUCAGUUUCACCAUGCAGUUGCUGGACAAUUGGUUUGGUCAAUGUUGAUUCUAAACGUUAUUUAACAGCUGAAACAUUUGGCUUCAAAAUCAAUGCUAAUGGUGCAUCGUUAAAAAAAAAACAAUUAUGGACCUUGGAACCAAGCACUAAUAAUUCAUUAUUAAGUGAUGGUCCUACCACCACAAUUCGACUUCGAUCCCAUUUAGAUAAAUACUUAGCAGUGGAUACUUUUGGAAAUGUGACUUGUGAUGGUGAUGAUCCUACUGAUCCUGGAACUGUAUUUCAAGUUUCUGUAACUGAUGGGAACUCUGGUAGCUGGGCAUUGAAAAAUGUUGUACGAGGUUACUUCUUGGGUGCUUCUUCGGAUAAUCUCAAAUGCACAGCGAAAGCAGCUGGAUCCAGUGAAUUAUGGUUGGUCCAUUUAGCUGCAAGGCCUCAGGUGAACCUAAGAUCAGUUGGACGAAAACGUUUCGCUCAUUUGUCUGAAAACUUAGAUGAAAUUCAUGUUGAUGCAAAUAUACCUUGGGGCGAAGAUACACUUUUCACUCUUGAACUACGACCUGAUGAUGACUUCAAAUAUGCCAUACACACAUGUAACAAUAAAUAUUUAUCAAGAGAUGGAAAAUUAGUAGACACAUGUACAUCCAAUUGUUUGUUUUCACUUGAGUACCACUCAGCUGGGUCUUUGGCUUUGAGAGACAAAGUUGGUGGUUAUUUAUCUCCAAUUGGUUCUAAAGCACUUCUUAAAACACGAUCACAGACAGUUACCAAAGAUGAGUUGUUCACUCUUGAAGAUUCAUUACCACAAGCAAGUUUUAUUGCUGCUCUCAAUUCAAAAUAUGUAUCAGUUAAACAAGGGGUGGAUGUAACAGCCAACCAAGACGAAAUAUCCGAUCAUGAGACUUUCCAACUGGAAUUCGAUCCUUCCACUAAAAGAUGGUACAUACGCACGAUGCAGGACAGGUAUUGGACUCUCGAAACCGGAGGUGGAAUACAAGCUGUUGCCGAUAAGAAAUCGUCGAAUGCACUAUUUGAGUUGGCAUGGCAGGGGGAUGGGUCGGUUUGCUUCCGAGCGAACAAUGGUAAAUAUGUCUCUACAAAGCGGUCUGGACAUCUGUAUGCAAAUGUUGAUGCAAUUGAUGACGCUUGCAAGUAUUUCUUUUACCUCAUAAACAGACCAAUAUUGGUAUUAAAAUGUGACCAAGGAUUCGUUGGUUACAAAUCAUCAUCAGGCUUACGCCUUGAAUGCAAUAAGGCAUCAUAUGAGACUAUCCAAGUUGAACGGUCUGAUAAAGGAAUUGUAUUUUUUAAAGGUCAAACUAACAAAUAUUGGCAUGCAAAUGACGAAGGCGUUUCUGUGGAAUCUGAUGUACCUGAAGGAUUUUUUAUUGAAUUGAGAGAACCAACGAGAAUAUGCAUUAAAAGUGUUACGGGUUAUUAUCUUUCAGCUGGUAAAAAUGGCAUGUUUAAACUUGGUGAUGGAGAUUAUAACAAUGCCACAAAAUGGGAAUAUUAAUGAGUAUAAUAAACAAUAAUAUAAUGAUAUAUUCGAGUAUGUGUGUACUACCAAAUGGGCAAAUAAAACUAAAAUAAAUAAUAGUAGGUGUGCUUAUAAAUAUUAUGGGAUAUUUGAAAUAUACAUAUUAAUAUAUGUAUAACAAUAAACAAUAAUAAUGUUUAGUCAAAUAGUUUAAGAUAUAUACCCAAGUUUAUUUUGUAUUAUUAUAUAUAAAUAAUAACAUAUUUCAAACAAGUCUCAAUCUCAUUAAUUCUACUUAUUAUCCUAUCUGAGUAAAAUAAUUGAAAUCUUAAUAUCAUAAUUAAUCACUUAUAGGAUAUUUUUUAAAUAUAAGUCAUUAGUAUCAUACCUUCUAAUCUAAAUAUAUUUUGACUAUCAGUGUAAAUUGUCCAUAUAUUGAUACAGUUUAAUUUAAUUUACAUCUAGUUUUAGCGAUUUUCAAAGUAUUUAAUGGUAUACAAUUCAUAUUUUCAUAAUUCUGAAUUUAACUUGACUAACACAGCUUUCUCAUUGUUGUUGAUAAAUGUUGGUCCAAAAUAUACCCAAUGAUAAAUGCUUGUAUAGUGAAUCUUUCUAUAUUAUGAUCGAUUCCAUUUUAUUUUAUAUAUCUAGUGGAAUAUUUCCUUUGUUUUUGAAACAUGUUUGAACCACAAAUUAAGAUAAUACGAUUGUAGUGAUAAGAUAACA